AUGUUGCUGAUGGAUAAAGGUGUAUUACAGUCACAAUCUCCUCUGGAGGAGCUGGAUCAUAAUUCUGAAGGUAGUGACAGGCCAGACUUACUAAAGGAGGUUAAGGAAACUAGAGAAGAGGGAAGAAUAUCCCGAGAAUCAGUAGAGAAGAGUUCACAAGAAGCUAGAGAAAGGGAAGAAAUAUUCCGAGAAUUAUUAGAGAAAAGUAUACAAGAAAAUAACGCAUCAUUAAAGGAAGAUUUACAAGAAUCAUUAGUGAAGAGUUCACAAGAAACAAGAGAAUCGUUAGAGAAGCGUUUACAAGAAACUAACGCAGCGUUAGAGAGGAAUUCACAAGAAACGAGAGAAUCACUAAAAGAAGAUUUACAAGAGAUCAAAACAUCACAAAUGAAGAUGGAAUAUAAUUUGAAGAAGGAAAUGCAGGAGUUGCAAGAACGACUGAAGAUGGACAUCGACGAGAGAGAAAAGAAGCUACAGAAGAGCAUAGACCAAGUCCAGGGAGACGUGGAAAAGGUGGAAGGAAAGUUAACAAAAAAGAUAGAAGACGAUAUUGAAGAAACGAAAGUCGAGUUGGGAGAAAGAAUCAACGAAGUGGAAACAAAUUGCAAUCAUCGAAUCGCCGAGGUGACGCAAAUGCAGAAACAAUGCAACGAGGCGGUUAAGGGGAUAGGAGAUAGGCAAAACCAACUAGCUGUCAAUCUGAGAAAUGCUAUAGCCGUGCAACGAGAAGAGGAUAACAAGAGGGUUGAAAUGGAGGUCAAGCAGUUACACCAGGGAGUGCAGCAAUUGGAAAGCAAGACAGAAGAAAUUGAUAGACGAAUUAGCAAUGCCACCUUAGCCGUUGGGGGAGAGGAAGAGGUGGCGGUCAUGGAUACAGGAACCAUGGUGGUGAACGUCAAUGGAGAAAUGAUUGGAGAAGGAGUGAAGAACCAAGAGAUCAUGAGAGAAGAUGGGAUAGGCGAAUGA